CGUCUGGAACGUCAUUCUUAUACGAUAUAAUUUCUUUUGAAUUUGACAAAUAUACUAUGCGGAUAGUAACAUGGAGGCAUUAGUGCAACGAAUAAUUUCAGAUACAAGCGACGAAUUUUCAAAAGAUAUAGCCAUCUUUGAGGAAAAUUAUGGAAGCAGGACUGUAUUCGAAGAACUAAACCACGAUAAGUUACGAGAAAAGCUGUGGGAAAAAUUGUUUCAUUGUCUCUCAGAUAAUUCACAGUCAUCACUUCAUCAUAAUUGUUUAUCUACUUUACGGAUACUUAGCAGAGACAAAACAAAGCUAUACGAAUUAAUCACAGGCGAAAGACUAGGUAUUAUAUUAAAUAAUGCAGCUCUAAAGGACACAGGUGCAAAAGAACAUAUUUAUACCAAUGUUACUGUCGAAGCUCUCAAACUACUAUGUAAUUUAAUAUUCAACAGUGCAAAGGUACAGGAAAUAUUACCAAAAACACUUUGUUUGCAAUGCCUAAUUGAACGUAUGAAAAAAUACAAUGACCACAUUCCAUACGAAGUAACAUUAUUCGAUACCAGAAUUGUAUUCCUGAUUACUGCCCUAAAUGCUACCACCAGACAUGUUGUCAAAACAGAAUUAAAUGGAGACGAGUGUCUGAUAAAAAUGUUGGAAAACAUAAGCAAUCAAUAUGAACAAGAUAAAUCACAUGAUAUCAAGGAAGAUAAUGCAACAUUACUGUGUGAAAUUUUAAAAGCAUUAUUUAAUUUGUAUAUAAAUUCAGAUGAUAUGGCAGAAGAAGAGAAGAAUAAGAGUUUAGUUUUAAUUUUGAGGAAACUAUUGUUAUCUGAAUGUAAGAAAGAAGAUGAUCUUCAGAGCAACAUCGCAAAUCUAUUAACUGUAAUACCAUAUUACUGUUAUUCAGUAAUGAUACCUCCUAGUAAAGAGAAACACAAACAAAUAUAUCAAAAUAUGGACAUGAGUGCAGUAUAUGUUUUAUUAAAAUUUCUAGACAAAAGACUAAAUUACAAAACCGAUUUAAUAGGAAAUCUCAGUCCAAUUGUUACUACUUUUAUCAGAAUGGUUAAAGCUGAGAGAUUGAUUAGAAAAUAUGCUAGGUUACAGAUCUUACCUCCCUUAAGGGACGUAAUGCAUCGCCCAGAAGAAGGAACUACUCUAAGGGCUAAACUGUGUAAAUUAUUAACUUCUCCUGUAGUAGAGGUACGAGAUCUUGUUGCAGAGUUCUUGUUUAUACUGUGUAAAGAGAAUGUUGUUCGCAUGGUAAAGUAUACUGGAUAUGGGAAUGCUGCUGGUAUGUUUGCAAAUAAAGGAUUAUUAGGAUCAAAUAAAAAAAAGCCAAAUUACUAUUCUUCUGAAUCAGAAGACAGUGAAACUGAGGAAUACUUGAAACAUAAGGAACAGAUCAAUCCUGUGACUGGUUGCUUUGAACAUCCAAAACCUAAUCCUUUGGAAGGAAUGUCAGAGGAACAGAAAGAGUAUGAAGCAUUGCAGCUUCUUGGUCUUGUUGAUAAGUUAACGAGGGAAGGUGUGAUGCAACCUUGUAGGAUUGGAGAAGACGGGAAACCAAAGCCGAUCGAACACGUUUUGGAAUUGCAAGAGAAACUGCCAAAACAACAAUAUGCCCAUCAGGAUUCUGAUUCUGAUUGAAUGCUGAGAAAUACUUCUUAUAUAUAAAACUAUAUGAAAGAACAGACAUGAAAUAAAAACAUGUAUGUACAAAAUGUUCUUUUACUUUCGUACCCUGCUUCGUUGUCAGCCGAGUUCUUCAUAAUUCGGAAAAUCCAAUGGAGGUGAAAUAGUCGUAUCUUUAAAUUGAAGGUCGUAGAAAUAUAAAGAGAACGAUAUUAAAGUUGGUUUGCUUACUUUAUUGAAAAAAGAACAAAGAACAACAUUACAAAUUAAACAAUUGGCAGGAAAUAAAAAAUAUAACAGUUUCCAAAAUCACAUGAAAUAUUUUAAACAUUACAAUUUUGGUAAAUUAUGUUAUGUGCUUUCGUGAGCAUCACAAUAUAUUUAUUAUUGCAUUUAGUAAGCCUAUACGCAGAUAAGAACGUAUGUUUCCUACAUAUUUGAGUAACUCUCUUUUUCUCUUUUGCUUGGAAACGAGAUCCGCGCGGGGCGUAACGAAGUUGGGCGAAUUGACAAAGGUAAAUGGCGAGAGAAUAGAGUCUUAUACUUUUCUUUAAAUACUUCUCACUUACGAGAUUUCAAAACGAACAAAAUGGCGUCUUGGCGCAAUGAUUAUGCAGAAUAUCAUUGUAAAAGAACUCUGAAAAAUAUAUUCAGAACAACAAUCUGUUUCUCCUUCCUCCCAAGUUCUGCCCGUCCCGCAGAGGAUACCUUUCCAAAGAUUAUAUCGCGCGCGUGUACAUUUGACAAAUAUAUAAGUAGCAACUGUUUUCCACAUAUCUUUAAAUACAAUAAUAUUAAUGUAAUACGUAGAUUAAAAUAUUUUACUUUUCAUUUUAUUUUUUUUCCAUUUUAUUAUUGUUUGUAAAAGUGUAUAUAGAAGUGUAUACGUAUAAUACCAUAAAUUUGAAUAUUCCAUAUAAAAAUGAAACUAAAAAUUUAGUAGGUACCGACGUAGAGAAGAAAAAAGGAAAAAAAGGAAGAGAGAAGAACAUUAAUAAUAAUAAUAAUAUUAAUAAUAAUAGUAGUAGUAAUAAUUAAUAUAAUAAUCAAGCGGAAAUCCCCGUUGAAAUGAAAGGAGAGACUUCGCAUUUCUCCAUUUUCUUUAUAUAUACAUAUAUACAUGCGUACAUAUGCAUACUGUGCAUAAUAUACACACAUAUAUAUAUCGUAACACUUAUAUGUGGUGUAUGUGUGUAUACUAUAUAAGACUAGGUUUUUAACAAACUUUGGGGAAAUUCGGUAGGAGUUGAUGGUUGGGCACGAUGAGGAAUUAAAAUUAGAAUCAUCAAAGAUAUCGCUCUUUUUUUUCUUUUUUCUUUCUCAUUCAAAGGACUUAAUAGAGAAACGAAUAUACAUAUAUAUCUAUGUAUUUUAAUAUGUACGUAUAUGUGUAUAUAUAAUAUAUAUGUAUAUAUAUUUAUAUAUAUGUAUAUAUAUAUUUAUAUAAAUAUUGAAAUACUUUGAAAACGAAAAUUCGCGGUUAUAAAUAUAUAUAUAUAUAUAUAUAUAUAGAUAUAGAUAUAUAUAUAUUUUUUUUUUAAUCUAAAGGCUGAGUAGUUUCGGGGGGAACUGACAAUUCGAUUACACGGUCGAUAUAUGCAUGUGCAUUUCUCCCUUUUUCUUUCUUCUUACAUAUAACCGUACGUGUAACUCUCGCGCUAAUUAAUACAGUAUUGAUUUUUUUUCAACGUUUACAACGUCACCAUGCUCCUUGGCAUCCCAUUAGCAUAUAUAAAAAAUAUAUUUGGAAUACACGCUUUCUCCAUAUUGCAUUUUUACCACUUCUCCCUUGUCUUGUACUAUCCUUUUAUACAGUUUACAGUUUUGAAGUAUUUACGCAACAUGUCGGAACAUCUUUCUUUUUUCCCAUUUCCGUGAAAAGUCUCAUCUAAUAAAAAAUACCAAUGGAGGUCUCAGGAAAACAUGGUUUACGCAUAGCAAAUCGCGUGAAUUUCUUUUUUCUCUGUCUGUUAUCAACUCUUCGCUUCACUUACUAUUUCUUUCUUAUAUUUCUAUACUCUUUGUUUGCUUUUCUGUUCCUGUUGUAUGGUGUAAACCAUAUGCCCAAUAUCUAUUUGGAUAUUGUGCUACAUUAAAUUCUAUCCUCAAAGACAUUGUUUCUUUACUUAAUUCCAGUAUACAGGAGUAUAUGGCUCGGCGUUCUUUUCUCACACAUUACUGUUCCCUUUGUUUUAUCAGCUUAUUUAUGACACCCUGACCCUCCCUAUGUAGAAUAAGUUUUGAUUUGUUUCAUUCUCUUUGAAGACAUUUUUAUUGUGAAAUUGUCCAUAGAAGCUCGUAAACAGUUCAGAUCCAAAACAGAUCUGGAUUUAAAGAUUUGUCAAUCUUUCUGGAAUAAGCAAGUCCUUUCACAAUGUCUUCCAUGAUAACAAGGAAGACUAACAAGUCCUAAUAAUCCAUUAGUUUGAAUUAAAAGCUCGAAGCUGGACCUCUUUUGAACCCUUUAUGACUAGAAUGUUUCUGGAGAUGCCAUUCCCAGGUACAAAAUUUGGCGACUAAUGAACAAAUUUGAAGAAACACAAUUACAAAAGACCAAGAUGAAGGCAAAAGAUAAGAAGAAAUCCCUUAUAUUAUAUGAAAUAAGCAAAUUCCCUGAAAAUUUUCUUAUCUAAAUCUGAAACAAUGUACGAAGAGAAAUUAGAAUAAAAUUCGUUUCCCUCGCCAACUAUCAAAUAUUACUUACCACCUUCUUUAACGAUACAGCUUACAAAUAAAUUACAAACUAUAAAUAACAUGUUAUUGCAACAUUGCACGUGGGAUAAGCUGCAUGUCUCUUCUGUUAUUUCCUACCUAUUGCUUAAAACAGUAUCACUUGAAAUCUUUACCUUUUGUUACUUAUUUGCUUCGGUUCCCUUCAAGAUUUUUGUGACUGCUGGCUCAAGGAGGCAUUCAAAUGAUAAAAUCACAGAAAUCCAGUUGUCAAGGAACGCCGAGCCAGACACUAAGCCAAGAAUCAUCCAUUCAGAUAUAAUUUUUGUUGCUAAUGAAUGUAACAGGAUUUAUUCAUAGAAGAACUGUUUCUCUAUUUUGCAUUGAGGACGUUUUUAAACCUGUCUUCCAGUCUAAAACUAGCUGCCACCACAAAAUUGAAGUGUACUUUUGUUGGAAAAGCGGAGGUUCCAAGUUUUUGUCGUUGGAAAAGUGAAAAAACACACAGAGAGAGAUCACGGGAAACAUCGAAGGGCGUGUACCUACGCCGAUGGAAUGCAACGGUUUCUUUAUGUGUCCAUUUGUGGUCAAUUUGAUAUGUCAAAGAAAACAUCUCCGAAAAAAAAAAGAAAAAAAAAAGGAACGCGUGUCUCGUUAAAAUUAAUAUCAAAGUAAAACGAGGGUUUUGUAUACAUAUUAGGUGUGUGGAUAUAUAUAAUAUAUAUAUGAUAUCAUAUAUAUUAUAUAUAUAUAUCAUAUGUUAAUGAGUAGGAAGAAACGAAGAAAAGAAAAAAAAGAAGUCACAUUUCUUUCUUUUUACUUCGCCCUCUAUCAGCCCGUCCUGUCAUUUUAAGUAUUAUUAAACGUCAAGUAACUAAUGCAAAUAUAAAUAAAGCUAUAUCAGAGGCUUAGUAAGGAAUGAAACCAAGUUUAUACGCAACUACGCGCGUUUUGCUCUCCCUCUCUUUCUCUCAUCCCUUUCACGCUUGCACACGCACGCCUCCUCUCUCGUUUUUAUACUUAUUACCUAAUCAUAGAAUACAUUUAAACAUUUGUACUUUAACUGACUAAGCAAGGAUUUUUUUUUUAUAAUCGUUUAAUAUUUCUGUCUUUCCUCAUUUUUUUUAUUUUUAUAAUUGUUGUGUGUGUAUAUAUAUAGAUAUAUUAUAUAUAUAUAUAUAAUAAUUUCUUCUUUUCUUUCUUUCCUUCUUUUUUGCUCCUUUCUUCAUAUUUUCUUUUUUUUCCUUAUAACUCUAGAACCACUGAUACCCCAUGUAUUCUUAUUUUUUCUUUUUUACUUAUUAAUGUUUAUAAUAUAAAUGGAACUCAACUUGAAGAAAUCAUCAUUAAAUAAAUAUGAAUGACAAAUAAAACAUAAAAAAAAAGAGAAAAAUGAUGGCGAUCGAAGUGCUUCUAUUCCUCUUCGUUCCGUUCGUUAAAUUAUGCAGUCUGUCGUUCGCUUUUUUUAAACUUCGUUUUGUUACUUUUCUUUUACCUUUUUUUUUUUAUUAUUUUAUUUUCAUUUUAGUCUUUCUUUUGGCACUAAAGAAUUUCACUACGCGUAGCGAAUAGUAAAAGUCUGCGGAGGAUUUAAAAAAACGAAGGAUAAAAAUUAAAAAAGAAGAUCGGCGGAAACUGUGCGGCCUGAACUGGCGAGAAAUUCAAACCGAGGGUCUCCCAAUUUCUUUUGUCGGAUGAAGAACAAUCGAUAUCUCGUUUCCUCUCGAAUCGAGCCAACUAAUAAAAGAUUAAAAAUGAUUAUUUAACGAAGGCGGAAUGGGGAGAGAGGAAGUGGUAUGAAAAUAAUGGCCGUUCUGUAAAUUGAGAAACUUUCCUCGGCGUUUGUCUUGAGAUCUACACAUCGUCUUUUUUCAACUUGAAAAAGCAAAACACAAAAAAUAAAAAGAAAAAAAAAUGUAAAGUCUUAACGAUUAACUACAUUUAAAUUAAUGCUAUUAUUAAAAAAUAGUAAUAAUGGUCGCAAUAUAAUAAUAUUAGCAAUAAUAAGUAUAAUAGCAAUAAUAGUAAUAAGAGCUGCUCAAGAGCGUUCGCGCACUUAUUUGAAUUAAAAAAAAAAAAAAAAAGAUGAAAAAUAGAAAUUAAAGAUAAGUUGUCGAAAACUGGCGGGUCGAGAGGCAACGAGACGAAGGAAAUCUUUUAUGUCUUUCGUCAUUUCGGCUUGAGUAUUGGAGAGAGGAAGAAAACAAAAAAAAAGAA